AUGCCAGUAUCACAAUCUCUCGCAGCUCCUACUUCAAUUCUCAUUAAUGAUAACGACGACAAUAACAGUGACAAUAAUAACGACAAUAAUAACGACAACGAUAACGACGAUAAUAACGACGAUAAUAGUAAUAAUAAUAGUAACAAUAAUAGUAACAAUAAUAGUAGCAACAAUGAUAAUAGGCCGUAUUCCAAGUUAAUCGAAAGCGCAUCUCGAUCAGUUCCUUCUUUAACAUUGGUUCGAGACGUAGAUGUAUCACCCGCUCCCUCCACACCUACAUUAAAAAAACUAAAGUUUUCCUCGACCGUUCUCGUACGCGAUACGUGGACAUCGGAGGAUUAUGACCGUCGUGGCGAUCAUUCCACGUGUAAUAGGCUCACACCUUCGCUGGCUCAAAGGAUUAAGCAGGAACUUAAUGAGUACAAAAUGGUAGAAAUGCAGGUUCAUGAGGAUAGUAAAAGGAAUACACAUUUCUUUGCUUAG